AUGUCAUUUAAACGGACACCAGAGACCCUUUGCUAUCAUAAGACAUACACAGAGCAAUUCUACAACGAAAGUAACCUGUGUGUGUGUGUGUGUGUGUGUGUGUGUGUGUGUGCACAGCAUUUCCGGUGGCCUCACUAUGGUAAAGUGAUCAGAGAUGAAGUUUUGUCCAUCAGUGUUUACAACUGCAGUAAAGUCUUCUCCAACAGACUGCUUGGUAAGCUGGUCGUCAGCCUCCAGCAUGUCGUUACAGCUGGGAGGCUGUUGCUGCGGGAACCGCUCACUGAUGCCAACUACUCCCUGACUGAUAUUUAUAUCGAGUUGGACAUUCGAUAUCAUCCAGUUGAGGGAGCAGCAGGAAGCUGGGAGGGACUUGACUUCCUGAAAGUCGAAGACAAUGAUGAAUCAGCUCUGGUCAUCAGGAAUGAUGGAUUUAAUGACCCUGAAAGUCAGCUGACUGUCGCUCGCUCAGGUCAGCUGGAUAGAGAGACUCGGCAUCUUGGGCGGAGCCUGGUCCGGACCGGGGAUGAAGAUGAUGAUGACAAUGAUGAUUUUGAUGAUGACAUUAUGGACUUGGAGGCUUCCGACGUCAUCUUCACUCCUCUGCUGAGCCGUUACAGGCCGAUGUACAGAAGUGUUGCUGCAGCGAUGCCCAGAGUUCAGAGCUUCCAGUUGAAUGUGAACAUCCUGGAGGCUCAGAAGCUGGUUGGAGUGAACAUGAACCCUGCAGUUUUCAUCAGAGUGGGGGAUCAGAAAAAACACACCGCGACGCAGAAAUCCACCAACUGCCCCUUCUACAACGAGAACUUCCAGUUUGAGUUUCAGGAGGCUCCGCAGAUCCUCUUGGAUAAAGUCAUAGAGAUAAAGGUGUUCCACAGGCGGACUCUGGCCUUCCUGAUGACCCACAUUGGAACCUUUAAGAUUGACAUCUCCACCGUGUACAACCAGCCAGAUCACCGCUUCUACCAGAAGUGGGCUCCUCUCACCGACCCGGCAGACACCAGGUCAGGGAUCAAGGGUUACGUCAAGGCCAGCCUCAGUGUGCUGAUGAAGGGAGCCGCUCUGAGCAUGCCCAGUCUGCCACCGCCCUCCCUGUCUGGAGCCAGUGAGGACAUCGAAAAGAACCUGCUGCUUCCUCGUGGUAUGGCUUCUGAGCGUCCGUGGGCUCGGUUCCGUGUUCGGAUCUACAGGGCCGAGGGUCUGCCCACCAUGGAGGCGGGGCUAAUGGCCAAGAUGUCAAAGACCACUGACCGGACGAUCUUCAUUGAUCCCUACGUAUGCGUGACCUUUGCUGGACAACAGGGCGAGACUUCGGUUGCCAGCGCCGCCAACUGUCCAGUUUGGAACGAGGAAAUCUCCUUCAUCGAGCAGUUUCCUCCUCUGGCUCAGCGAAUCAGAGUCCAGGUCCUCGAUGACGCCAAGAUGGGAGACAUCGCCCUGGCAACGCACUUCCUGGACCUGCAGCAGAUUUCUGAUCCUACCAGGAAUGGGUUUAACCCCACUUUUGGACCAAGUUGGCUGAACCUGUACGGAUCGCCUAAGAACUCGACCCACGGAGACGUCCACCAGGCCUUGAACCAGGGUCUGGGUGAAGGAAUCUUCUACCGCGGUCGGAUCCUUCUCGCUCUCUUUGUAGAAGUCUACUCCUCGCCUGAUGCAGUCACCUCAGAAAUAAGCUCUGCCGCCUUAGGAAAGAUGAAGGGAGCGCCGGGGAAGCUGGGACUGAAGAAGAAGAAGAGCAGUAUCAUGAAGGGGAAGAAUAAGGAAGCGUCUGCAUCUGCCAGUGCAUUGGUGGACGAUUCUGGGGAGGCUGGAGUUGAGGUACCGGAGGCUGUUACCGUGGAGAUUGAGGAGAUCCACCCACUCCCUGAGGGUUUCGUGGGACCACGGGAGGACUUUCUGUUGUUUGCGUCUCUGUUUGAAGUCACUAUGAUGGACCCGUCUGUAGGAACCAGACCAUUGACCUUUGAACUCUCCAUAGGGAAUUAUGGGAAGGCCGUGGAGGUUGAGAGAUCCAAGAAGAGCCGGAGCAGGGAGGAACUGAGGAGGAGCAGGGAGGAGCUGAGAAGGAGCAGGGAAGAUCUAACUGAGGAGGUGCAGGGCCUGCUGGAGUCAGAGGAGGAGCUGGACAGAGAGGAGGUGCUGAGUCCCGAACCCGAGUCCAGAUCUUUGUCUGCUCCCGCCAGACCCCAGCCCACCGAGUACGACAGGUCGUUCCAGUGUCUUCCUCUCCAGCCUCCCUCUGACAAGCCUUGUCUGUUUGUCUGGAGUCAGUUUGAAAAUCACAACUUUCGUCUCUAUCAGGCGAACUGGCUCAACAAGACGGCCGACAGGCUGGAGCUCGGUCUUGAUGAGGUAGAACGUCUCUCGAGGAGGCCGAGGAGUAACAUGAAGGAGCGUUUGGUGGAGGUGCUGCUGGAGCUGGUGGCCGCAUGCAAACAGUUUAAUGUUUUCGUAGACAGGAAGUCUCCGUUUCGUCCCAACAACCUGGACAAAUGCAGGAAGGAGUUUAUCAAGAAGAAUUUGGUCUUUCUGGCCAGACAGGCAGUGAGGUUCAGGCGGAGGCUCACCAGGCGGAUGGUCAAACAGCGGUUGAUGGAUAGCAGGAAACUCCUGAGGAAACUCCGCCGACUGGCGAAAGAGCCCCAGACCACCAUUCCAGACGCGUUUCUGUGGUUACUGAGUGGAAGCAAGCGGUUGGCUUACGUCAGGAUCCCCGCCUACUCCAUCCUCUUUUCAUUGGUGGAGGAGCAGAGGGGGCGGGACUGCGGCAAAGUCACCACCCUCUACAUGAAGUCGCCAGGAGGUUCAGCAAGUGAGAUCUUCGCGAAGCUUGAGGUCUACCUGUGGCUCGGUCUGGCCAAGUACAGUAAAGAGGUCACCAACUGCUUGCCGGAAGAGUUUCUGCCGGUCUAUGAGGAAGAGGAGGAGGGGCAGAGGAGGCUGGUCACCGCGGGGAAGAGGAAGCUUCCUGUCACUCUGUCCUGCCAGGACAGCAGGUACUUCCAGCUAAGAUGUCACAUGUAUCAGGGGCGUGGCCUGAUUGCUGCCGAUGACAAUGGCUUAUCAGAUCCUUUCGCCAAGGUCCUCUUCUCUACACAGUGCCAGACCACCAGGGUAGGUACAACCGUCCCGCUGGUUAAAAGGUCCUAUUGGUUUAAACAUUCCUACGAUUCACAUGCCUCGACCUGCUCUAAGAAAUCAAUUGUACUAAUUCGUUUUUCAAAAAUAAAACUGCGAUUGCUGUCGAACAGUCAGGAGUCUUCGAUGUCUAGUAUUUGUCUAUUUUACUAUAAAAAUUUAGUGUUUGUUCAGGUGCUGUUCUGGGGUCUGCGGGAGCUGAAGCGGGUGCAGCUGUUUGAGGUGGAGCGCCCCCUGGUGAGGGUGGAGUGUGCAGGAGAACAGCUGGAGUCUGAAGAGAUCGAGAGCUACAAGACUCACUCCAACUUCAAAGAGCUGGUCCGCUAUAUCAACGUGGAGCUGCCGGAGCAGGCCUACCUCCACCCUCCUCUGACACUGUUUGUGGUGGAGCAUCGGGCAUUCGGUCGACUCGCUCUGGUCGGGACCCACGUGGUCCAGAGCCUCAUAGACUACGCCCCGCGCCAGCUCGGGGGGGAGCAAGAAGAGGAAGAUGAUGAACCAAAAACAAAAGUGAGGGAGAAUACGAAGAAGCUUAAGCCUCUGAUGUCAGUGAAGAACAUCGGACUCAGCGGCCUGUCAAUUAAACAGUCAAAGAUUCCCUUCAACCCCAUCAAGCUGGUUAAUGCUCCUCUGAAGAAGAUGAUUGAGACGGUUGAGGAGCUGGAGGAGGAGACACCAGAGAAGGAGGAGUUGGAUUGGUGGUCGAAAUACUACGCUUCACUGGAGGAGAUGGAGAGACAGGCUGCUGAGGACGAGGAGGAGGAACAAGCUGAGACCGAUGGGGCUAAUCUGACCAUGGCGAAUAUUGAAGAUGAUGAGGAGGAGGAAAUAGUGGUGGUGGAGGUUAAGCCUCCCAAACGCAAGAACAUUACCACACUAACGCUGUAUGGAGGCGACCUGGAGUCCGAGUUCAGUCAGUUUCAGGACAGGCUGCAGACCUUCCCGCUGUAUAAAGGCAGAGCAAACAUUGAGGAUGACGAUGAGGAUGAGGAGGAGAGGCUGAUGGGAAAAUACAAGGGCUCCUUCCUGGUUUAUCCGAUCGAUCCAGGAGAUGAAGAACACACCACUUGUCAGAUCACCAAGGGAAUCCCCAAAAACUCACCGUUCAAUGUCUUGGUCAGAGUCUACGUCGUCAAGGCCACCACUCUGGCUCCCACAGACCCGAACGGUAAAGCCGACCCGUAUCUGGUGGUCCGAGCCGGACAGCAGAGUCUGGACACCGUCGAUCGAUACAUCCCCAAACAGCUCAACCCCACGUUCGGAGAGGUGUUUGAAUUCACGGUGUCCUUCCCGCUGGAGACAGAGUUGGUUGUCAUGGUGAUGGACCACGAUCUUAUUGGGGCCGAUGACGUCAUCGGCGAGACGCGGGUCGACCUAGAGAACCGAUUCUACAGCCGCCACAGAGCCACCUGCGGUCUGGCUCUCUACUACGACACUGAGGGUUACAAUAUAUGGCGCGAUGUGAAGAAUCCGUCGGCCAUUUUGGCUGAGCUCUGCAAGACCAACGGCAUCCCGUCUCCAGAGUACAGACCGUCUGAGGUCAAAGUACUCAACAAAAUCUUCAAGAUCCCACCAGACGCAGUACCUGAAGGUCUGUUAAAGAAGAACCAGUGGACUCCCGAGGAGGAGGUAGAGAUGGAGGAGCACUCAGCCCUGAGCGUGCUGUGGCGCUGGGGGGAGAUGAACGAGUUCAUCACCGGAGCCCUUCCUCUGGUCCCAGAGCACGUGGAGAUCCGGUCCCUGUUGAACGAGGACAAACCUGGACUGCCACAGGGUUACCUUCAUAUGUGGGUUGACAUGUUUCCAACUGAUACCCCGGCUCCGCCUCCUGUUGACAUCAAGCCCCGCCUAGCUGAACAGUACGAGCUGCGAGUGAUCAUCUGGAACACCGACGACGUGUUUCUGGACGAUGUCAACCCGUUCACCGGAGACCCGAGCUCUGACAUCUACAUGAAAGGAUGGAUAAAGGGACUGGAAGGAGAAAAACAGGAGACUGACGUCCACUUCAACUCUCUGACCGGAGAAGGAAACUUCAACUGGAGAUUUGUGUUCCGCUUCGACUACCUUCCCACUGAGAAAGAGAUGGUGUUUAAGAAGAAGGAGUCCUUUUUCUCUCUGGAGGAGUCACAGUUUCGACAGCCGGCUGUUCUGACGCUGCAGGUCUGGGACUACGACCGCAUCGCUGCCAACGACUUCCUGGGCUCCAUAGAUCUACGUCUCAACGACAUGGUGCGAGCGGCAAAGUCACCCAGUAAAUGCACGAUUCAGAUGGCGAAGGAGCGGGCCAGCCCUCGGUUAUCCAUCUUUCGCGCCAAGAAGAUGAAGGGCUGGUGGCCGCUGACCCGCCUGAAGACGGCAGAGGACUUCGAGAGGGAGGAGAAGGAGGCCAAGAAGAAGGGAAAGAAGAAGAAGACAAAAGACAAGAGGAGUGACAUGAAAAAGGAGGACAUCGAGUACACUGACAGCAGCGGCAGCACUUUCCUGCUAAUGGGGAAGGUGGAGGCGGAGCUGCAGCUGGUGGCAUUAGAGCAGGCGGAGGGCAACCCUGUGGGUCGGGCACGCAAGGAGCCAGAGCCUCUGGACAAACCAAAUCGUCCCUCCACCAGCUUCACCUGGUUCGUCAACCCGAUGAAGACCUUCAUCUUCCUCAUCUGGAAGAAGUUCAAGAAGUUCAUCAUUGCUCUGGUCAUCCUCGCCAUCCUCACGCUCUUCCUCGCCCUCAUCGUCUACACGCUGCCACAGCAGAUCUCCUCCCUCAUCAUCAAAGGGUGAAGAAAUCUUCAUCACCUCCUCCUGAAUGUCACAGACUGUCUCAGGCUUCUGAUCCUGAACUGAUCCACUUAACGGCUGAUUAAAGUCAUAUUUACUACGAAGGCUGAUCAGUAAAACUCUUGAUUUUAUAUGUUGACACUGGUCGUAUGCAGGGUUUUAGAAAUACUGAGGUCUAAAAACUGAGUUUACCAAAAAAUGCUUUUAAUUGCCUUUAAUUGAUCUAAACAUGUGUAUUUGGAGAGCAAAUAUUGGCGACAAUUAGCUUAGAAACCAUGUCAGUGGGCAGUAGCAUAAAUGAUCUGUCAAGCAGUAAUACAUGAGAAUCAGGUUAGUUGUUGCAAUGAGUGAUUCUCUGCACUACAUUACCCAGCAUCCUCAUUUAUAUAAACACAUCCUGGGUCAUGGGAGUAAAAAUCAGGGAUUUUUUGUUUUAAUCCGUCACAAGAAGAUAUUACUGGACACCUAUUACUGCAGAUUUAAAUCACAUAUUUAUUAUUAUGUAAAUGAUAUGUCUGAGUGGAUAAAUCAGCACCUUUCCUAAACAUAAACAUAACGCUGUUGUAUAAAAGUCUAAUUGUAUUGAUUAAAUAUAGUUGUAGUUUCAAAUUUUAUAUUUUGAAGGUAAAUAAAAUAAAUAAGUACAUUCUC